AUGACAACCCUGGAACACAUUAUUCAACACUGCAAAUGCGGUGAACAAGACAUGUCAGCACCCAAUGGAAUACUCCUGUCCCGUGCGAUGAAUUGCAUAGUUCAACGCCCGCUCGAGAGUUUGCUGUACGGCCUUGGCGUCUACUAUACAACAUACAUGCAAUAG